CAUCCUCCGUGCCGGCUACGCUUGCUGUCAGUGAGAGGGCUGACACGGCGGUGGGCACAGGGGCGGCAGCACCCGGCGGGCACAGUAUGACACCCCGCGGCUAGGAGCACACUGACUGCUGGCACUGUGGCUGGUACCCCAAUGAUGCCUGAAGACGGUUCCCCCGGGCUCAGUCCGCAGGAUGUCGCGUACAAGGAUUUGCAGCGUUACACCAAUGCAGAAGGACAGCAAAUAUACUGCAAAUAUUGGAAACCCACAGGUCAGCCGAGGGCGCUGGUGUUUGUGGUUCAUGGUGCUGGGGAGCACUGCUGCCGUUACGAUGACCUGGCCCAGAUUUUAGUCGGCCUAAACAUCUUUGUCUUUGCCCACGACCAUGUCGGCCAUGGUCAGAGCGAAGGGGAGAGGAUGAUUGUGUCUGACUUCCAGAUCUACGUCAGGGACGGCCUGCAGCACGUGGACCUUGUGAGGAAAGUCUUUCCCGAUCUGCCUAUGUUCAUCUGCGGACACUCCAUGGGUGGGGCCAUUAGCAUUUUAAUGGCUAACGAGCGUCCGGAAGAGUUUUCCGGGGUGAUCUUGAUUUCCCCAUUGGUUUUACCAAAUCCUGAAUCGGCCACGUCCUUUAAGGUGUUUGCAGCUAAAAUACUGAAUCACCUUCUGCCAAACCUCUCUCUUGGCUGCAUUGACCCGAACUCUGUGUCCCGGAAUAAGCAGGAGGUGGAGUCCUAUGCCACCGACCCUUUGGUUUACCAUGGAGGAAUGAAGGUUUGUUUUGGGGUUCAGCUCCUCAAUGCCACAGCGCUGGUGGAGAAAGCUCUUCCUCAUUUCAAGCUGCCCCUGCUACUUUUCCAUGGCACGGCGGACAAGCUGUGUGACAUUCGGGGCUCCCAGCUCAUGAUGGACACUGUACCCAGCGAGGACAAAACACUAAAGAUCUACGACAAAGGAUUUCACGCUUUGCACAAAGAACUGCCCGAGGUGACUGGUUCUGUGUUCCAAGAAAUCGAGAGGUGGAUCCUUCAAAGGUUAGAAGGCACGGGAGCUGCUCCAUCCAAUACAUCGCCUACUCACAGUACUUAGGUACGUCCUCCCAGAAUGCAUCACUCAAGUCAAGCUUCCUUCGGGAUAAGCCUCCAGCCGGUAUGGUCUCCUUCCUGCUAACCUUCCCUCAGCCCAAGUUUGACCCAUCCUACUUCCCAAGCAAAUCUCCGACCUUCUCACUUCUUCCCAAACGAGCCCAAUCAUGACUCUUUCCUAAUGUCCUCCAACAGAUCUCCUCCAGAUGAAGGAACUUCUGGGAAACUUCCUUAAUACUCUAGAAGAAAGCACAAAAAAAGCUUCGAUUUUCUCAAGGACCCAUGGGUGAAGACUUGUCUAAGAAGGAUUUGGGCAUUAACGUUCUCAGCAAUAAUUUUACAAGUUCCUACAGCGUUCCUGUGGAUGAAGGAUUCAUUCUAGCUUAUCGCGGACAUCGAAAACUAGACCCUUCGAGAAUACAAGCCUUCUGCGCUCUUCUCCGGCAAACACUAAGCAAUAUGUUCCGACUUGGUGGUUUUGGGAGGGAGUAUCCUGCCCCGUACCUGAAGGAUCCUCUGUAAAUACCCCUUCCUUGGCCCCGGUUUUAAUAGAUUUUAUUACACAUGAUAUAAUACAAUAUUUAAUAUGUUAAUAUAUUUACUGCCGGAUGGUUCCAGUAGUUUUUUUUAGAUUAUUUUUUACAUUCUAGAAAUGUAAACUUAUGGCCUUUUUGCCUGCUGUCCAUUAACGAUACGUAACGUCUCCUCUGUCCACUCAUGUUCGUGGGGCGAUGUGUGUUGGGUGUUCCCGGAGGUGAAAUGUAUCACAAAAACUCUGGCAGGGGAAAAACAAAAAUGUUCAGCAUUUUCCCCAUAUUGUAGCAAAUAACCCAGAUCCAUAGCUCAUACCCGCCAGCAGCUCUUCUCUAUGUGACACCACAAGACUUUGAAGCGGUCCAGAGACCCCUAUGUAAUAUCCGUAACAGGGCCCUCACCUACCAUAGGCCAUUUGUUAUACUGAUGUUUUCUUGUGUGGCCAUUGGUCCUCCCAAAGGUAUCAGGGUCCGACUACUACAUCUGCACCCAUUAUAGCUACACCCCUGAGGUUGUCACUCAAAAUAGUUAGUUACCUAAACUACCCAUGAUCUUAUCAGGCCAAAAAAAUAUAUAUAUAAAUCAACCCCCUUCAUGUGAAUGCCUACCAUUAAUGUAACACCAAUACUAAUUCUAAAUAUUUAAUAGGGGUUGGUGCUUUUUUUUUUUUCUGCUUGCUUCCCUUCACGCAUAUGAAAUUCCAGCUGCCACCACUAGGGGGAGCUCACUGUGUACAGAUACAUGAUUGAUUCCAAUGUAUAACCAGUCUGCAGUAAGCUCAUAAGCUCCCUCUAGUGGUGGCUGCAAGAAAGACUGAAUUUAGGCAUUUAAUGUUAAGGCCAUGUAAUAGGGACAAGAAUUAUGAAGAACUAGGCCCCUCUAAAUGUAUAUUAUAAAGGUAAUCAACCUAUUUAGAGUGGGGGGAAAAAUCACAAUGGUUUUCAAGGGUAGAGAUACAGAGUUUUAAGAGCUAUAUUUGAGCUCCAUUCACAUCCAAAGCUGCCAAUUUCCUUUUGUACGUCAUGGAUGCCAGCCUACUAUGGUGUAGCAUGUAGUGUUUUUUGCUACGAGGUAGAAAUAAAUCAUCCCCACAAUGCACUGCAUCUCAGAGGUAGUCAGCCAAAUUUUGAAUGCAGCUUUAGCUGUGAGUGGAGUACAUGCAACGUUAUUCAAUCAAUAUUAUGGGUAACAAAAAAAUUCAGCUGCCCCUUUAAGAUGCAUUGAUACAUUCCAAGACUAGUCUUAAUAAUCCAGUAGAACCUAGUGCCGUAAACUUCUGUGAUGCCAAAUGUUCCCUCCCGAAUUAUCUGGGAUCACGGGAACACUGGUUCAGCUCCACAGCCCUGACAUGAGCACAUUCCCUUUAUUGCCAGAUUGGUGUAGAACCUGUCCUGAUUGUAAUCCUGCAAAACUACAAUGUCUAGGAUGAUCCUUUAACUAAGGAGGACUACAAGUCCCAGCAUUCUCUGGAAGUUAAAGCAUAGAAGACUCCAUUGGGACUUGUAGUCCCCCCCCCCCCCCAGCUGCAAACACACAGAGAGAACACUGAACAUUACAAUAAUCAGUCUGAACCAUUUAUGCAUAGGAAAGGGGUGGACAUUUUGAACUCUGUUUUGAAAAGUUAAUAAACCCGUCUCCAUAAUGGUCUGUUCUGCAACCCGGAGAUUUCUAUAACCGUUAUUGCACUUUGUAACAAAAAAAGGCACAAUGUAUGUCAUUUUUUUAUACAUGUAACAUGGAAGCAACACUGUCUAAAUAAAUUCUGACUGUUAGAGCUGA